CUGACUAACCCAGCAAACGAAGGCUGCGGUAGCAUGGAGCGCGCUCCGCCUGUUUUCGAUAAGCCCAAGGUUGAACUUCAUGUUCACUUGGAUGGAGCCAUUAAGCCAGAAACUAUUCUACACUUUGGCAAGAAAAGAGGAAUAUAUCUUCCUGCAGAUACUGUAGACGGCCUUCUGAAACAAAUUAGUUAUGAUAAACCAGAAUCUCUCACUAUUUUUCUUCAAAAGUUUGAUUUGUACAUGCCAGCUAUUGCAGGUGACCGAGAAGCUAUACAAAAAAUUGCUUAUGAAUUUGUGGAAAUGAAAGCAAAUGAAGGUGUGAUCUAUGUUGAGGUGAGGUACUGCCCUCAUCUUCUUGCCAAUUGUGAUGUAGAUCCUAUCCCGUGGAACCAGAAAAAGGGAGAUGUUACUCCAGAUGACGUAGUUAAAUCUGUUAAUCAAGGAUUAAAAGAGGGAGAAAAGGAUUUCAACAUCAAAGUCAAGUCUAUUCUCUGCUGCAUGCGCAACCAGCCAUGCUGGUCGCCAGAAAUAGUGGAACUGUGUAAGAGGUAUAAGAACGAUACAGUGGUUGCUAUAGAUUUAGCUGGAGAUGAAUCGGUUAUUGCAGCCUGUUCAGACCACCGAAAAGCUUAUGAAGAAGCUGAAAGAUGUGGUAUUCAUCGGACUGUUCAUGCCGGAGAGGUUGGAACAUCCCAAGUCAUCAAAGAGGCAGUCAACGUUCUUAAGGCAGAACGAAUUGGCCAUGGCUACCACGUCUUUGAGGAUGAACAGCUUUACAAACAGUUGUUGAAACAAAAUAUACAUUUUGAGCUCUGUCCUUGGUCCAGUUGUCUCACUGGAGCAUGUAAACCCAUCUUCGAAGAACAUCCCAUAAUAAGAUUUAUGAAGGAUGGUGCAAAUUAUUCCUUGAAUUCAGAUGAUCCACUCAUUUUCAGAUCCACAAUUGACACAGACUACAGAAUUGCUCGAGAUCACAUGAAAUUUACAGAAGAGGAAUUCAAGAAAUUGAAUAUAAAUGCGGCAAUGUCCUGCUUCUUGAAAGAGGAAGAUAAAAAGGAGCUUGUGUACAAGCUACGUGAAGCCUAUGGGAUGGUAAAAAGCCAAGAAUUCUGAACUCUUCUGUACCGGGCAUCAGCUUUUUUCUUGACCAAUGUUAUGCUUGCCCAAAUUCUUUGUUUUGCUUCUUGGAAGACAGUGAGCAAACUUCGUAUUACUCUUGUUUACUCUUAAUAACCACAGAACAGGGCAUGUACAAAACAGUAUUCUUAUGAUGGUAGGUAUCAUGAGUUUAAUUUUAUUUUUUUAAAGAUGGAAUGUAAGCUGCUUAGACAUCUAGAGAUUGGAAAUAGGAAUACAUUUAUUGAAAUUACGUUCAUUUAAGUUCCAUCUCAGGUACACCAAAUCUGCAGGCCAUUUAUUAUUUCAAAACUUACCAGUAAAUCAAAUGAACUGUUUAUUUGCAACAGCAGACAAAGCCUAUCUCAGACAUUUUUUAAAUAAUGUUUUUUUAAAAUUAUCUGCCUCACUAAUUUAUCUACAAGUGAUGUCUUCUGUGCACUCCUACAUUAACAAAAGGAAAAAAGAUCAUAAAUAUUUUUACCAUUGAAUUUUUUUUAGAAAAUCAUAUUGUGCUCAUAAAUCUCAAAAAACAAACAUACCUUAUCAUUUAACUUGAUUAUAGACCGAUCUUAUUUCUCUACUUUAUUUUACUUACACUAAAUAGUUCGUGUUUUUUUCUAUUCCAUUCGUUUCAAUGGUAUCAAAAUAUAAAAACAGAGUAUUUGAUCCAGUUAAAGUUGUAUGGGAGAAAUUCUUGUAAUGCUGAUUCAACAUUUGCCUUCUCAAAAACCAGUCUUGCCUAAAAUGUUUUAUGCUGGAGAUGUGCCAUGGGAAAAACAGUAUUUUAAAAAAUAGAAUUGCAUAGCAUUUCUGUUCAUAUAGGGAUUGUAUAGAAAUGCAGAUUUAAGUUUGUAUUCCCACCUAUUUACUGAGCCAUUUGCCUUGUUUCUUAUCUGUACUAUACUGUUUAGUUUAACUGGGAAUUAUGUGAUUUAACUAUAGCAUACUGACACUUUUGUUUAUUUUUUUAUUGUUGAGACUAACAGAAAGGCAACAUUAUCUAAUGGUGCUCAGUUUGUUUUAACUGGAAUAAUACCCCCCAAAUUUAGACUAAAUGGCUAGUACCAAAUUGGCUAUUUUGCUGGAUUUUGUUCCCUAAGGAAACUAAUAAACAAAAUGGUUUAAACUGUAAGUAUUUCAGUUUAAUUGGACUAUGAGGAAAGCUGUAACCAAAUAUGUAGUGUAAUGAAAUUAUUCUGUUUAGAGCAAGAAAAUGCAGUAGCAAAUGCACAUCUAAAUCAUAGCAAUAUAAAACCAAGAAUUCUCAUUUCCAAAUAAUAUGCUAGAUGCCUUUAGUAAUUGUAACUUUUUUAUUUUGCAUUAGCUAUCUUUGAAGUCCCGAUUAAUAUACUCAGGAAUUUAGAUCCAUGUUUUUAUAUUAUAGUGUGAACAUCUUGCACAUUCAAAGUUUAAGUUGGUAUAUUAUGAAAUUCACCUCUUAGAUUGAUUUACAGUUUUUGUUGCAGAAAACCCUAAAUAUAAGUUCUUAAGGGCUUAGAUCUCAAGUAAGUCUUAUGUUCAAAUCAUACUGUUACUUGUUUCUGUAUUCCUUGUAAGUAGCAACAACAUGAAGUUGGAAGUGAGAAGUCAUUGCAGCAUCAAAGCACAGUAAUUUCUGACAAUGAAGGGAGGGUGGCAGCUAAACACUCAACUGCUAUUUUAGGAGCCAGGUGCACAUUUAGCACCUGUUCAGGUGCUUAUUUCAGUUCAGAGAGACAAAUCUGUAGCCACUUAAGAAUAAUUUACUUCAUUUUUCUUCUUUUCUUUUUCCUCAAUUAACAAAGUUUAUUUCAUUUACUUGAAGGGUUCGAUAUUUCUAGACUUGAGUACUUGUGCUUGGGACAUUAUGACAGAGUGCUGAAUAAGUGAAUAACAGAGAUUGCUUGAAAAAUUAAGCCAAGUUUUGGAGGGGGAAAUGAAAGUAGAAAUCUGACAUUGCUGCCAGAAUUUAAAACAUUUAAUUUGAAAUGUUUUCAUAUAACUCAGUAAAACUGACCAGAGGGUUAAAACAUAGAAUCCAAGCCUUUCUUGUAUUUCUCAUAAUUUUCUCUCUAUCUUUAGUUAUGUAGUAUUUCUUGUAAUUUGUUAGAGCUUGUCUCUAAACACAAACUGACACUGUUAUUACUUAUUUUGUCUACAGAAAUGGUUCUGGUUUGAUUUGAUUUGGUAAUAAUUUUUUUAAAGUUUGUAAUCAAUGCUAAGAACUCGUACAUGUUUGUGAUACCAUGUUGUUGGUGACUAAACAUCAAAAGUUUGUCUGAAGAAUAGUUUUUACAUUAGUGUCAUGUGUGCAGAAGUGUAGGCUUAGCUAUGCAUACUACUUAUUUCAGAAAACAGCAAGCCAGUAAAUACUGGUUUAUAUGAAUGUUCAAUAAAAUGUUCUUAAUGUCAAUAGGCAUAUCGUCCAUAUUCAAGAUUAUAUAAAAGAAUUGUUUUAAUAUUUUUGUAGUACCAGUAAAAAAUUAUCCUGCUUGUAUAUGGUUUUAAUAUUGUGAUCCACGUUCUUGCUGUGUAACACAAUAUAUCUUCAGAAUUCAUUUUGAGGAAAGAGCAGAACUUAAGUCUUCAUUUAAUGAAAUAAAGUCCAUUUUUACUUAAA